UGACGGCUAAAAGAAAGAGCUCGUCAUGAACCUCCUGCUGGAUGGUAACGUCAUGUUGUAGUUUCAUGGUUGUGUUUUUUAGUCCGUGUUUACUUGAUCUGGUUUUUUAGCUCAAUGAUGCGUACAGAUGGAGAACACAUUCAACCCGGACCAUGCAGAGGAUCUCCAGUCCCAAAUCGAAGAAGUCGAAGCCCUGUCCUCAAUCUACGGAGAUGAAUGGUGUGUCAUCGAUGAAGCAUCUAGAAUAUUCUGCAUUCAAAUAUCGAACGACAUAGGGGAUACAAAACUGACAGCAUGUUUGCAGGUAAUUCUUCCAUCUGAUUAUCCAAGCUCCUCGCCACCAAUCUAUCAGAUUAAUGCCUCGUGGUUGCGUGGUCUCCAGAGGGUAACAUUGGCAAACAGCCUGGAGGAAAUUUAUGUAGAGAAUGUCGGGGAAAGCCUUCUCUACCUUUGGGUAGAAACGAUUCGGGAGUUUCUCAGGGAGAAAUCCCGGAGCGCAGGAGCAGAGGAAGAGCCCGGUGGAGUCAAUCUGACAACAGAGGAAGAUGUGGAUAAUGACGAAGAAAAUGAUGAUGAAGAGUUACCAGACUUCAGGACAGUGAAAAUGAGCACAGAAUAUGUCCAUCCCUUCAUGAAUCACGAAAGUGAUGGAGAAGUGCCUCCUGUCAAACAUGGCUCCAUCAUCACCGACCGCCGCAGCACCUUCCAGCCUCACCUGGCGCCGGUGAGCGCCCCCGGACAGGUGAAGAUGGUUCUUGAUAAGCUGUACGGAAAUAAGAAGAUUGCAAGUGCCACGCACAACAUUUAUGCUUACAGAAUCUUUUGUGAGGACAGGCAGAGCUUCCUGCAGGACUGUGAGGACGAUGGGGAGACGGCUGCGGGCGGGAGAUUGCUCCACCUACUGCAGAUUCUAGAUGUGCGGAACGUGAUGGUGGUGGUCUCCCGCUGGUACGGCGGCAUUCUGCUGGGCCCAGACCGCUUCAAACACAUCAACAACUGCGCCCGCGGCGUCCUGGUGCAGGAGGGCUACACCUCCUCCGCGGAGAUCAAACAGUGUUUCUUCUAGCACCCGCCACCAAAGAGAUACAGGUAGUCUGCUUUGAAGUGUUCCCUCUAAGUCAUCAACUGAUAACAUAAAAGACCGCUCAUCUUGUGUCACUAAUAGAUUAAAGGUAAUGAAAAUCUCCCGAUACAUGAAGCCCACAAUACAGCCAUUUAUUUAAUCGGCAAUACAUUUAGGUUUGUCAUAUUAUUGUUGCUUAGUUUGAAGUGUUGGCAAAUUAUUUGAGAAUGUAAGAAAAAAAUGACGUUUGUGUUUAAACAGCACUUCAUCCUCCUAAGGCCACUCUGGGCACUUCUACAAAGAACCCCUCCCCCCCCCCCCCCACACACACACAUACCCCCUACACGUGGUGUCUGUUAAGGCUUAUAGGUGUGUCUGGGGACCAGGUAAUGGGACCAGCCACCCCUGUGGUUAUGACAACAUGCUCUGCGUGAGUGACUCCCUCCACUGCGUCCAUCUUGUUGUAUGUUGUGUUCUGCAGUAAUAAAGAGAUUGGGGACAAUGGAACAAAGAAGACAUUGUUUAAUUCCACAGAGGCUAAAUGCUGUACAAUUAUGUGUUGUGGAAGAGGACCUGACUCACAAAGCUUAGUUAGCUGACCUGAGUGCUAACUCAAAAUUAAUAAAUUACACGCAUUCCCUUGAAGGAACAAAUAACACUUUUAAAUUAAAAGUGCGCUUGAGCUGGGAGACGUUAACAAAUAUUAUUUAAUGAGCAAUGACAUUAUGAAGGGGAUUGUGUUUUAUUUAAAUGUCCAAAAUGCUUGCCCCUGUUAAAAGCCUCUUAUUUAAAUUGAGCUAUUGAGAUAUUUUGAAGUGUGAAGCAAAGUAUACUGCCACACACAUCCUAAACUUCAUUUAAUUGGUACAUUUUGGGAAUGUCUGUACUUGAAUGAGGCAAACUCUAUGUGCCCGUACCUGUAGGACUGGUGGCAGACGAAGGCACGUGAAUGCGUGUGAUAUUUGAACCACAUGAUUAUUUCCCUGAACGGCGAUUCAGCACCCUGAACGUGUUGGUGUGUUGUACCACAGGAAGAAGCCACCACACAGGGAGGAAAGGGCAAGAAAACAAGAAGUAAGAAGGCAAAAUGAGUCACUCUGAAUGGAAUGCCUUGAUCUGCGGCCGGCCUGGAGAGGAUCUGGAGUGGAGAUAACCGCAGGUCAGGCAGACGACACACGUUUCAACGGAACUGAAGAAGAUCAGUUACAAUGCCUCGGAUAAUCAACAAUGGAAAUGACUUUAAAUGGAUCAUUAUAGUUUAAGUUAAUUUAAUGUAUUAAAUGCCAUUACAUAUAUUAAUAUUUUGAGUUUAACAUACUUUGUUCUUCAUGAGUUGAUUAAAACCUCUGUGUUUAAAGUCUCAUUUUAAUAAAGAGUUGAGAGUUACAAACA